GGGUUGCGGCGGGAGACUGUACUGAGGAAAAAGUACUCCCCGCCUUGGCAAAGUCCCUCCUCAGUCCUCACCAAUCCCCUUCCUCCAUUCCUCUCCCCGUACCAUGGCUCGCGGGGCCGCGCUUAGCCCGCCUUUGCACGUCUCCUCCGUUUAAAACACCCCACCUUUGCUGGUGGGGUGAGGAACCCUAGAUUGGUUGGAGUUGGAUGGAUGAUUGCUUGUUUUGUUAGUUUCUUUGCUGUCCCUGAAAUCCAAACAUUCCUUCCUGGGAUCAGUGCUCCAAUUAUCUGAAGUAGUUUGCCUUUUGGGUACUUGUUUGUGUUUUUUUUCCCGAAACUGCCUGGGGUUCUGUUUCAGCUGAAACGGCUGUCCACACGUUCUGUGUUUGAGACCUCUUCGGAUUUAGUGUUACAGUGAAAUUUGGUUGCCCGGUGUUCAGUCAGUGUACCCCUGGAUUUUAGCAGAGCAUCAAGCGUUCUGUUCCAAGGAAUUUUAAUUGAUCCUAUGCUCAUUGAUUUAUCUUAACUUUGGAGUACCAGUGAUGCAAGGGGACACUAGCUCUAGCGAUGUUUCUGCUUCUCAUGUAGGGCGCUUAAGACGCCGCAAACAUCCAACUGAAGCUACCGCAGAUGGGAAUAGAGCUAAUGGACAGCCAUUGCUUGUUAAUGAUCAGAGCAAGUAUAAAUCAAUGCUUAUCCGUACAUAUUCUACAAUAUGGAUGAUUGGAGGCUUUGCCUUUACUAUUUAUAUGGGUCAUCUAUAUAUCUGGGCUAUGGUGGUUGUGAUUCAAAUAUACAUGGCAAGAGAGCUUUUCAACCUACUUAGAAAAUCCAGUGAAGAGAAACAACUGCCAGGGUUCAGGCUACUGAAUUGGCACUUCUUUUUCACGGCAAUGCUGUACACUUAUGGACGCUUUCUUAGUCGGCAGCUUGUGAAUACAGUAACUUCAGAUCACUUGCUUUAUAAGGUUGUCAGUGGCCUAAUAAAGUAUCAGAUGUUUAUCUGCUAUUUUCUUUAUAUUGCAGGGUUUGUAUGGUUUAUUUUGACUCUCAAGAAAAAGACAUACAAGUAUCAGUUCAAACAGUAUGCCUGGACGCACAUGAUACUUUUAACGGUUUUUGGACAGUCUGCUUUCACUGUCGCAAACAUAUUUGAAGGGAUAUUCUGGUUUCUUUUGCCUGCUUCACUUAUUGUGAUCAACGAUAUUUUUGCUUAUUUAUUUGGGUUCUUUCUUGGGAGAACACCAUUAAUCAAGUUGUCCCCAAAGAAAACUUGGGAAGGUUUUAUUGGUGCAUCAGUGACAACUAUCAUCUCUGCAUUUCUGUUAGCAAAUGUAAUGGGCCAUUCCCAAUGGUUGACAUGCCCAAGAAAGGAUCUGUCAACUGGGUGGCUUUAUUGUGAUCCUGGUCCAAUGUUUAAGCCAGAGCAUUACUCAUUGGGAGAGUGGGUGCCACAUUGGUUCCCAUGGAAAGAACUAGCCAUUAUGCCUGUGCAGUGGCAUGCUUUAGCCCUAGGUUUAUUUGCAUCGAUAAUAGCACCAUUUGGAGGAUUUUUUGCGAGUGGCUUCAAGAGGGCAUUCAAAAUAAAGGAUUUUGGUGACAGCAUACCUGGGCAUGGUGGAAUUACUGAUAGAAUGGAUUGUCAAAUGGUUAUGGCAGUGUUUGCAUACAUAUACCACCAAUCGUUCAUUGCACCUCAGAACUUUUCUGUUGAGAUAAUCUUGGAUCAGAUUAUAAGAAACCUAACCUAUGAGGAGCAAAAAUACCUAUACGAACAACUUGGGGAAAUGUUCCAUGACAGGCAACUGGCGCAAAGCUGAGAGUUAGCGUGCUUGUGAAAUGCAUGAUAUGUUGUGUAUUUAAGGCUUCGGCUCAUUCUGUAGCUCUAGCUCAUGUAUAGCAGCAUGGCAUGAAUGUACCGUGGUACGGAGUCCUUGCCCAAACCAAUGUAUAGAAUGGUAGAAUGGAGAGAAUGAAUGGGUUUUAGGUGCUUUAUUCAUUCUCCACUGACGCUGCCUGAUUCACUCCCCUUGUCAUCAUUUCUGCACUCUUUGUAAAAGGGGGGCUGGAAAGUUUUAUUCUUUCUUAUCACUUCGUGGUGCUGGCCUCAGAUUAAAUAUUCGAGUA